CCAUUUUAUGUUUGCAUUAUCAAGUGUUUUUAUUAAUAAAAGUUGUUUCUAAAUUAUAAACAGUAAAAAUGCUUAUGAUCAUUUUAUUCGAGUGAUAGUAAAGUGUACUCUACCUAAAUUGGUUACAUAUGAACCACUAUGGCUGCAGGUAGCUCAAACUCAUUUCCCAGAUCUCCUCCCUUUAGAGCCACUCAGCUGUGGAAUGAAGCUGUCAGUAUCUUCCAGAAUGGCAUGCCAACCCGAAGACACUUUCAUCGAAUGAGAUACUAUGACAGUUGUUUCUCAGGGAAAGAAGCCGUGGAGUGGCUUAGCCAUGCUCUCACUGUUAAUCCCCGUUUCGGAAACAAUGUCACGACUGAGGGAACACAUAAGUUGCUCCAACAUUUCCUCAAAUCAGGAGUCUUUCAAAGCAUCAAAGGAAAUUUGACUUUCAAAGAUGGUGGACUUUAUGAGUUUGUUAAUCGAACAAUUCAGUCACCAAAUCGGAAAUGUGAACGCAAAGUACCACAAUCUCGGAAGUGUUUAAAGGAAAUUGACUUUAAUGUGCCAAAGAAUUUUGAUAAUAGAAUUUCAAGAAAGAGAGAAGAUCUAAAAAACAAAUGGCAGUACAUGGAUAAACAUCUAGAGUACUUCUCACACCAAGAUGAUAUUGACUGGAAGGAUGUAAUUUUGAAAAGGAUCGGCUCUCUACUCCCAACACUAGGCAUUGACUUGUUGUUGGAUCCAGACACCAUCUGCUCUGAUUGGGUCAAAGUCAAUGUUUGUCCGCAAUACCAAUCAAUAAGGAACAACACAGAACUGCCCUUCUGGGUCUACACUGCCAUUUCUAGUGUUAUAAACCCUCUUGAGAAAGAGUACCCGAUGUACCAGGGCUAUCAAAAACAAGUGUACAAAGUGGUUCAGGACUACCUACGGCACAGGAACUUCCCAGUGAUCCCCUACUGCUUGUACGAGCUGGUCAUGUACACAUUCAACCAUCUCCACUACACCGACCUCGAGCUGAAGAGCAGACUGCAAGAACGAGACUCUGUAGAAAACCUCGUGUUGAGUAUGAGUAACGCGGAUUGGAGCAAUCAUGAACUCGUUUCCAAUGAAAACCUCUCAACUACGAUGCUUCCACCCAACUCUUGUUUUGAAACUGCCUUCACCUCUGAUGAACCUGUGACUCGGAUCGUACCUCAAAGUUGCGUGGACACGAUUUGUCUCAGCAACAGAAACUCAGUUAGAGAUGCCGUUCAACCUCAUGCGAAACCUGAGAAACCGAGCAGUGAUAAGUUUAGAAGAAAGAGUAACAUCGCAUUGAGAAGAACUCAGUCCAUGGCACAGAUUGAUGCUAAGUGGAGCACUCCAUCGCCAGAGCAACAGAGUUACGUGAACUAUGGUCUGUCUCAGUCCCUGGACGAUCUCCUCCUAGAGGAUGUGUCGGAGGAUGUAGUUGGAAGCCUGGACCUGGAGGAAGCCAUGAAGAGUGUUCACAGUCUGAUGCGGGCGACAACGGUCUCGGACUCCUUUGAUUCUCUCACCACAGUUGACUCCUGCAUUGUAGACCCAGCAGAUCUUGUGUGUAUUGAUAGUUGCCAAUGGCUGGAACAUGUCCAGAUGACAGCCAAGACAGUGUUUCAGCUUCUGUUGCUUCUCCUUCCUCCGGUCAGUAGAACUUCUCUACAGAUGCUUCUUCAGUUCAUUGAUAGACUUUGUGUCCCUUCUCACUCCACCAUUAGUAAAACAGAGAUUGUCUACGAUUUAAGUGCUCACAUUUUGUCUCCUGGUCCUCACAGCAAGAAUGUGUACAGCCACCAUAUGGUUCUCAGCGUAGUUUACUUUCUAGUGGACAACUGUAACUUUAUCUUCCAGGAUACACCCAUUAAAGAGUUGCUGAAUGGGUUUGACCUGAGAAAUCAGGGGGAGAAUACACAAACACAGGUUUAUUGUGAACAAGUGACAGGGGCCGAGUUUCAGGACCAAGGAGUCACUAGUUCUUGGUUGGCUUUAGCUGAACUGCUGGACCAGAUUAUCUCAGAUACCAAAAUGAAGACCAAGGAGAAGAAAAAGAGGCUCAAAAAGUUUAAAGAAGCCUAUCCUCACAUCUACAAGCAAAAGCUUGGGUCCUCAUCCACAUCAAGUGCCUUACUUCAUUUUAGAUAAGUCUUUAGUUUUAGAUCCACCUUUUUAAGAACUUGUUUAGGCUAGGAGAUUAUUUUAUUUACUAUGAUUAGCAUAAAGUAAGUCUCAAUUUUCUUGUUAUUUUUGUCAAGGAUACCCCUCUUUUCCUGAUGCUCUUUUGGGCUGGAAAGAAUGUUAUCUAAAGUCACAACCCCACUAUGCUGAAUGGCACAGAUAUGCGCAAGGCUUGUGCCGAUCGGCAAUGCCGCUUGCGAUUCAAAACUGACAGGCUAUCGGUCCGGAUCAAAGAAAGCCAAGAGGCACGUUAGAGUGGGGACAAGCCAGGCGGCAGACACCGGUACCAACCAUCAUUUUAUAGUUAUUUUUGGUCCAAAAGGAUUCAAAGUAAAUUUUCAAAAUUUAUCAAUGUCAUUAAAAAACAAUAAACUCAUCAUCAACUCUGUAUUCUUAGUUUAUCAUGUCAGCAUCAUCCAGUAGAUCACUAGCACUAUACCUUUUACUUAUUUUCAAACUGGGGCGAAUCCAAAACCUCCAGGGUAACUCGGUCGGUCUAAUGCACCAACAACAUCUCAUCAUCAGAGGACAUCUCAGCACAGAGUGACACAGCCUUCGUUUCACACUUUUAGGUUAGACCUCAUGGCACGAUGCCUUUUGCACAACUGAAACAACUAUGCCAAGCAGCAAAGCCGGUCAAAUUUGCUGAACAGCCUUCAAUGGCAUAGUGAGGAUGUGGCUUUAGGAUUCAUAUUUAAUUGUCAAUGAUGUGAAAUUUAAUUUUGAAACAAAAAAAAUUGAAAUUGAAUUUUAAAUAAAUCAUCAUAUUUUAGGGAGCUCUCUUUUAGUGAUGGUCAAAACCAGAAAUUUUGAAUCUCAAAACCGAAACCGAAACUUUAAAAAUCUAAUCCCGAAUCUCGAAUCUCAAAACCUAAACGCGAAACUAUUUUACUUAGCUGGUUACAAAGGUCAAGGUAACAAAAAAUACACAUAAUCAUAAAAUGUUAAGUAUGCAAUCAAAACUGAAAGAGAUCGACUCCUGACUGUGACAUAACAUAAAUAUGUGAAUGUGACUGAUAAUCUUAAAACCCAAUACAACAUAAUUUUUCAUAAACAACCAACAAAAAAAAUAAAUUAAACUUCUAACACCAACAUAAACAUGAAUAUUAGAUUAAUUAGAACAUUUAGUGGUCAAUAUAUUUCUUUGUGUUUAGUAAAGUUGAUGUGAAACUGAAUUGUACCAGUUAUAGUAUUUAAGAUACCUUUUGAAGUUCAGGAUAAAAUUUACUUGUUUCAUUUCUGUUAAUGGUGAUGUUUGCUCUGUUGCUACCAGCUUGUUUGGAAACAGUGUUAAAAACAAUAACAAAGGCACAAAAAAAUGUCAGCAGUUUCAAAAAUAAAACUGCCAAAAUCUUCAAUUUCGAAACUUUUGAAUCUCGAAACUUGGUGAUCGAAUCUCGAAACCGAAACUUUUCCUAAGUUUUGAUGGUUUUGAGAUUUGAGAUUCGGUUUUGACACAUCACUACUCUCUUUAAUUGUUUUGUUUUAUUUAUCCAAUGUGAUUUAAUUGUGAACAUUUACAAUAAUUUUUCCGUUUAAAACAAAUUUCUAUUCUCACAGUUUUUUUCAUUUCCUAUUUGAUUAAGCUAAACUAUAAUAUAAUUUAAAACCAUUCAUUCGUGGUUUAAAAUGUACUAGGCAAACAUACAAUUUAUAGAAAGUCAAAAUUAAGGUAUAAUUGUAUGUAACUAUAAUCUCUUAUACUAAUCAACAAAUUAAAUUAUUCUAAAAGUACCAAAGACAAUCCCAGCAUUUAGCUGUUAAAGAUAUGUAAACUAAUUAACAUAUUUUAAGACUUGUAAUGUAUUGUGUUUUUGGUAACACAAUAAGAAUGAUAAUGAGAUUUUUUCUUUAACGAAGAGCUUACACCUUAAGAUCUUGUAUACUGUAUUAUUUUUUCAAUUAGUGCUCUCUUAAAAAGGUCUUCCUCCUGGUGCUUAUAUGUAUAUUGUACAUAUGUUUGAUGUUUAUGUUUAUUUGUUAUAAACUUCACAUGAUUUAAUCUAUAGUAUUUGUGUGACUUGUUAUAAUACGUAUUUUUAAAAUAUUUUUUUAUCCAGAUUUGUUUAUUUAGUUAGUUAAUGUUUUCAUUAUUGUAUGUUUCAUUUACUUGUAACCACCAA